AUGAAUCAAUCCGAUGUUAAACGCACAUCAAUAUGCGACCUUCCCACAGAGCUUCUCGACAUGAUUGGUGAUGGCAUCGAAAAUGACGUCCUCGCCUUUCACAAUGCGGCCUUGGUCAACCGCAGGUUCCACCAAAUAUUCAAUCCUUUCCUUUACAAAGCCGCCGUCGCACAAAACCACCACGGACCGACCGUCAACGCCGCGAGAGCCGGAAAUCUCGCCUCUCUCAAGCUGGCCGCCGACCACGGCGCCGAUCUCGACUACAUCCAUUGCGUCCCGCUUACGGACGACGACGUCGCUCGGAUGGGCGUUCCAUUCGCACCCUCGCCGUUCGCUCGUUGGGGAACGCUACUGCAUUUCGCAAUCAUGGCCGGACACGAAGGUGUGGUGUCGUUCCUGCUCACGAAGGGCGUCAACAUGGAGGCACCAGGAAGACUAUACUGCGGAUGUGAUGAUCGGGUUGAUGAUCUUCUUCCAUGGAAGAAGGGCGGCGUGUAUGAUCCCCGGCGGUGGGUCGACAAGGAUAGAAUGAUUUGGACGCCUUUACACUAUUCGAUAUGCCAGGAGAAAACACACAUCGCAGAGAUACUGUUGUCUGCGGGUGCUUCGCCCGACUGCAGAGUCUGCAGAAGCAUCCCCAAUCCCAGCCAUCCGAACCUGACGAACAUAUAUGAUGUGUACAGGGAAUAUGAGACUAGGCCAUGCCACGCACAGUACGCCCUCUGCGGUAUCGGAAGUUACUUCGGGGACUCGGAACAUGAGAUCACAGCGUUACACGCAGCUGCUGCUUCAGGAAACAGACUGAUGGCCACUCGCCUGGUGCGAGAAUUCGGCGUAGAUCCAAACGGGGAUGGCAUGAACGAACUCUUUCACUACGCAGCGGCCUCUACAGGCAGUUCGAUGGUUUGUCAUCUCCUCUCGCUGGGCGCCGAUCCCGGACGCUGGCCGAUGUGCAAUUUCGUCUCCAGCGCGGCGGUGUCGACGGCAUUCAGGUUACAGAACGCCGAAGCGGCGGUUCACUUGCUGCAGGCCGGCGCGCCGGUCUGGUACGGCUCGUUUUGCCGCCCGCAUGACCGAGACCAUCUCUACGGGACUAUUCUCUCUAAAGUACUCGACUUGUGGAAACAGAAGGAGCACGAUGGACGACAAAUACCACACGCGAGGGGUGUUGAUGAGGAAGUCAAGAAAGCGUUCAUUCUUGUGGCGCAACAAGCAAUCAACAGUGUCCCCAAAGUGAUAUCUGUUGACCUUCUGGACCAUGUCCUCCUCGACGGGUUCUUUAUCAUGCUCACGCAACCUGCCUUUGAUGAGGGGGACUUUGAAGAAUACAUGAAGCUGACUGGGUUCAGUUUUGAGGGCAAAGACCAGGAGCGGGACGAGCUCAGGUUUGAUAUGCUUCACCUGUUUCGUGGGUGGCUGCCUUACAGAGCGUGGGACUCGGACGAAUACGUCAAGGUCGAUUGGGUACCGGGGCUGCCGUUUUUCUCUUUGGGGGAAGUUCUGGAAUUGAGGCGGAUCGUUUUCUCGAUGAGGGCUAUCGAUGAGCGCCGGCAACGGGAACAAGAUGCGAGGAUGCGUGAAAAGUAUUGGUGGUAUUAUCUAUGA